CCGAGGGAGGCAGGGCAGGCACGUUUGGGAAUCACCGCUAUUUUACCGCAUCUGUCCUCUUUUUUUUUUUUUUUUUUUUUUUGACGCGCAGGAUUGGACUGUACUUUUUUUCACUCUUAAUCCCGACUGAAAUCAAUGAAGGAGAGACGGUCGUGUCAGAAAUUAUCUCUGAAAUCCGGCAUGGAUCCCAGUCAGAGUGUGAAGUGUAAGAUAGUGGUGGUGGGAGACAGCCAGUGCGGGAAGACCGCUCUGCUUCACGUGUUCGCCAAGGACUGUUUCCCUGAGAGCUACGUCCCCACCGUGUUUGAGAACUACACAGCCAGUUUUGAAAUCGACACGCAGAGGAUUGAGCUCAGUUUGUGGGACACCUCAGGAUCUCCAUACUACGACAAUGUGAGGCCUCUCUCCUAUCCGGACUCCGACGCCGUCCUCAUCUGUUUCGACAUCAGCCGCCCUGAAACACUCGACAGCGUACUCAAAAAGUGGAAAGGGGAGAUCCAAGAAUUUUGUCCCAACACUAAGAUGCUGCUGGUUGGAUGCAAGUCGGACCUGCGCACCGACCUGAGCACACUGGUGGAGCUGUCCAACCACAGACAAACACCGGUAUCUUAUGACCAGGGCUCCAGCAUGGCCAAGCAGAUCUCGGCGCCCUACAUCGAGUGCUCGGCGCAGCAGUCGGAGAACAGCGUCAGAGACAUUUUCCACGUGGCCACGCUGGCCUGCAUCAACAAGAGCAACAAAAACGUCAAGCGCAGCAAGACCACCCGCGGCAACAAAAGGAUUUCACACAUGCCCGGCAGGCCCGACCUGGCGGCGGUGGCGUCGGACCUCCGGAAGGACAAAGCCAAAAGUUGCUCGGUCAUGUGACUGAUCAGGUGGAUUAAACUGAGGAUGAAGACUGAGCACAGUGCAAGCAGGAAGCUGUUGAGCAAGGCUCUCUCCUGCAUGCCAAAGACCCCUUAUUUGUCUGGAACUGGGGUUUAUAAGCUUAAAAUUUGUGUACAUGUUACUGGAAUACUCUACACCAAUGAAAACUCAAAGCAUAGUAGCAUCCCAAAUCCAUGUGCCCCCCCCCCCCCACCCACCCCCCCUCGCCCCACCAGACGAGGAAGCUAUCUGUCAGCGGGCUACCUGCAAGGAAAAAGGAAGUGACCCGCUUCCUGUGGGGAGGACAAAGCGGAUGCAAUCGAGGCUUUCCACACCCAACAGGAAGUGAGCAGCAGCAGGAGUGAUGUCAUGGGCAGAUGCUCGUUUGUGAAGGAAGGGGUUAAAAAACAUGCAGUCUUUUGAAUGAGAGGCGAUGGGCGUUCACCGCCCGGGAAAAAGAAAGAAUCAGGUUCUUUUUGUUUGUGCUGGAUCAAAGACUUUUUGCUCAGACGGCUCAUACAGAAAGUCAUCGCUCCAGUUUGGACAUGAUUCAAUGUCGCCACUGCUCCUCUCACUGUUAGUCUGUUUGCAGAGAUUAGAAGAGGAAUCUUUUAGUCCUGCACAAAGUGAACCUGAUGCUCUUUGUCCCCCUUCUCGUCUCUGAUAUGUUGUCGGUAUAAUGUGAAGUCAUUGGUGUGUUACUACAUCAUUGUUUUGUUUUCGCUUCAUCCUGUUGACUUGCAGCCAUGAGCAGAGUUUUGUACCAGUCAGACAGCCAUUGUGUGCCCACAUGCUGCACCUCAACAGCUAUGAAUACAUUGAUGGAUCUCAAAAGACAGAUUAUCCUAACUGCUCUCCACACUGACAGCUUUUAUGGCCCCAUCUCUAUUAUAUCAGGGAGCCAUGAGUAAACCGCCUCAGAGCUGCAGUCAGCCUCAAGGAUUUUGAAAAUCAGUCCCAAAUGCAAUUCACCGUUCCAUUUUUCACCAAUUUGUGACACUAUUGUGAAAUGAAAAAUAAAAAACAACAUGCAUAAUAGGGUUUUAAAACUCACAAUGUUCCCUUAAUGGUCCAAAAAAAAUAAGAAAUCGACGAUCAUCCGAGACACAUAAAAUUUACUAAUUGUGUGAAAUGAGAACCCCCUAACAGACGGAGACAGUUUGAGCCAUGACUCAUUUCUUUACCGCACCUUAGGGAGAAGGGGAACUGCUAACAAAUAUUAGAAUUUGUUUAUCAGGCUCUAAAAAAAAAAAAAAAAAAAAAAACAUCACAGCAUUCUGCUUUGCAUAUCCCAGAAGUGUUAAAAAUCUGCUGUCGGGUAUGAUAAUUUUAAUUUUAAGGCCUGGUCGCACCGGCAAAAGCUGAUGAAGAAGCCAUACAAUUUGAGUUUGAUGGAUUCGCUCAUGUCAGCAAAGUAUACCUGCAAGAUCGCAAAGGUUAGCGUAGCUUGCUAAGUUGUGUAGCAUCAUCUUUAACCCGCAUCGAUGGAUUUUAAAUAGUUCAACAAAGAGCAGUGCUUUUUGGAUAGUUACUAGACGGGAGGGGAUUAUCUUUAAUAAGACUGUUUGAAAUAUCUGUGUUAGCAACCAUGCUAAAAGUGAUGUUGUGUGCUCUUUGGCGCUAUUUUCCUGCUACAACGCUAAGCUAAUUGGUUGAUCGGUUAGUUUGACGAAAACCUGCAAAAAUACUCAGUAUAUUUAUGUUUAGCAUUUCAGGUUCAGUUUGUUUUGGUUGUAUGUUUGCGACAGUGUACAGAAAUGGACUAAGACAAUAUACGCCCAACAACUUUAGGAAGCAUUAGCUAGCUUGUUAGCGUGUUAGCACUCACCAGCUACAGCAGCCUCUCCUUCCAGCACAGAAUCUGCAAGACGGGGGAAAACCUUUCGUGGUGUGACCAGGCCUUUCAUUAAAUGGUUUGAAUUUGUUUUUCUCAAAUGGUUUGAAAUGUAAGUUGGCCAUAUCAGUGUUAUAUUGUCAUGAUGGAAACAACAAAUAGGUGUCCAAAGUCAAACUGAAAAAGAGACUUUUUCUUUGGUGUUGUUUACCUCCAACAGCAGUGCAAUGAUGGAGCUGUUUGAAUAUCAAAGGUAUUGAUGCACUUUUAAUGUUACUUUGAAACUCUUUUUUUUCAAAUGCCACUGCUGUCAUAUUUGGCAGCUCAGUGCGUCCAAACUUUUUAUCUUCAUUCUCUAAUCUGUUGUCUCUCCCCGUGUACAUUGUCAUGUUUUUUCUUGAAUGUUGAUGUCACCUUCAAAAUGUCUUUGCCAAUGUUGUUACCACGAUAUUUAUUGAAUUCUAUAUUUUCCCUUUAGAAUAAAUGCAAAUGGAAUCAAA